CGACCUCAAUCCAUCUGAGAGAUUCCUGGUGUUAGCGACCGCAAAGAGGUUCCCCGAAAACGCGGCAAAAGAGACUGCAUGGACCGAAGAAUCGAGUCGAUACCACACAGCUUGUUCAUCCAAAAUGGUUGGAGUCAAGGGCAAAUACAAGGGUUGCAACACAUGUCGGAAAAGGCGGGUUGCGUGCGAUAACACUCGGCCUUAUUGUAAGAAAUGUACCGACCACGGUCGGAAUUGUGAGGGUUAUCAAACAGAAACCAUUUUCAUCGUUGGAACCAUCGAAGACAAAGGUCGAUGCGCCUCACAUCCGCCACGGAACCUCGAAAGUCCCGGUACCUCGUCCUCUUUGAGAAAGAAGAAAGCAGUUGACACAGUAACACUGAGCCCGGGUCCAGAGCCAGCAAGGAGCAGAAGGCGGGCAGCCUCCGAAGGCCAACAGGAGGACGUGAAAAUAGAGUUCAAAGAGGUCUUGCCAACAAGGUCAAGAUCGGAGGAUCCUGUGCUGGUGGCACAAUCCAGUUGGCAAGAUUUCAUUGAUGUCGCAUCAGUUGGUGGACUGCACAGGUUGAGAUUUGCAGCCAUCCAUACCAGGCUCAAGAGCGUCAAGCGCCAGCACGAACGAUUAGGAGACUCGGAAAUGAAGUUGAGUUUACAUACUUCCAGAAGAGUUGAUGUCACACCGACAUACAGCGAUGAGAAUCUCAAGCUGGAAGCAGAGUGCUUCAUCUAUCUACCCAGGAGAAGUCGACAGUCGAGUCAAGCGCAUAGUUGGGAUGCAAACGCAGAAGAGGGGUUAUGUCUGUUCCUAUAUGAGCAAAACCGCUCUUCAUCGUAUAAUAAUAAUAAGACUCCAUGGGAAGACCCGGGCAUGCAAAACGAUCCGAUCCGUCAAUUAGGGCCGGGUGCCUUCCAGGCGUUUCCCAGACACCACUUCUUCACACGGGUAUACCGCCCAAAUGCUAUUUUUGCGGCCAUUUUAAACCACAGCCCAACCCACAUGUCAGAUCCAGAAUGGAACACUACGCCAUGGGAACACUCGCCAAAGAUGCCACUCGACACCCUCCUUGACAUCAUUGUGAAACUACCCUUACUACUUUCCCGCUCCGAUCGCAUAGUGUCCCUACCUUCUUCGUUACAGCGCCAGCUGCAAGCCUUGGACCUUAUCAAGAACUGUACAACUAUCGAGGCACAGUUUGAGAGCUGGUACUCAGCUUUAGAAGAGGCAGCUUUAAGAAAUGUAGAAUGCCCCUUACUCUACUGGGCCUGGAGGAGAGCAGUCUCUACCAUCGAGUCUGAGCCUUGGAGCCACGGACAAGUGCCCUUCGAGGUCACCUACGAUUUCCCAUGUGCCGGAAUAGGACUGUCACAUAUAUACUAUUGGACCGGCCUGAUCGUACUCUAUAGGAUAAUGAACCGACUUUUGGCAGUCGCGGAAAAUGACAACCCAUUUGGCGGCUCAUUAGUGGCAGCGACGGUCCCAAUGCCGGCGGUGCCUGCGACGGCCGGCCCGGUGAACAUCCCCGCGCUUUACCUCACAUCACAACUACCAGAGUACGUCUACGACUCGCCUGCAGACUCGGUGCACAGCUAUACUUCUGCUUCAGGCUCUGCCGACGACCGAUCCUCAUUACCUACUGCGGCAUCUUUUCCAUACCAGACGAGCCCCGACAGCUCAUACCACCCAUCGUCAAGCCCUCAUAUCCCAUCUGCAAGCCUUGUCACUGAUGAUGUCCCACCGAACACCGGCCAUGUCAAAUAUAGGCCGCGCGAGAUCCGACAGCUCGCAGCCAACGUGUGCCGAAGCCUCGACUGGGCGAUCAGGCGGUUCGAAGGCGACGCGCUGGGCCCGCUGUGCCAACCAGACCUGGUCGCCGCCCCUCUGUAUAUUAUCGAGAGGUACUAUGAGGACAUUGCAGCGGUUGGAGACGGCGAGCUCGAAAGAAUGUGGUGCACCGUAUUCAGGGAACGAUGGGAACAAAGAGCGAGCGAAAUAGAAAGCGCUAUAUUUGGUCCCCAGGAAAAUACGACGGCGGCUGUGCCGGGCUCAGCCGUCGGAACGGAGGAGAACGGUGUUGGGAAGAGAUGGAUAGGACUCGGAAGAUUUGGAGCAUAGGAU